UGUGUCACAUGUAAUGAAACUAAUGUUGUGGCUGCACUCGAGUACCGAGUGAUACUGACAGUGUCAGACGCCACUGAUACAGCGGCUUUCCUUGGUUUUGAUAUGGAGGUGGUUAAACUGAGAAACAUUCAAGCUUCUGAGGCUGCACAGAUUGUGGGGAUAGGUGUUGAUGCUCAGGUUGACACGGACCUGCCUCGGUUCCUUGCUAAGAUUUUUGGGAAUACCUACACCUUCCAGCUCAAGUUAAAGGACUUCAAUUUUACUUCAAAGCACCAAACCUUCACUGUUUCUUGCGUUUUUCCUUCGCAAGAGCUUGCACCUGCGCCAGCCUUUGUUGUAAAUCCUGAAGUUGUAGCAACAGGAUCAGAUGCCAAAGUUGAUAACACCUGCUGUGUUACAGAGGCGCCAUCAACAUCUGAUGGUUCACUUGCAGGACGUAAAGCAUCAGCCAAAGAACAAAUUGCUUUGGAUGAGAAUCCACCGUAGAACCCACGUUUGGAAUGAAUCUACUAUGAGAACUUAUUAAACAACCACGUCUUCUCUUUAUCAAAUAAUUUGUUUUGUUUCUUUCAAUUUCCAUUGAAUUUAUAUUAAAAUACUCAAUUUUCUUUAGUUCUUUUCUCAUUUUAAAACUUUCAAAUUUCUUUAGCUCUAUUUCUCCUUUUUAAACUCUACGUGGUGGUUGUUGUUCCAAUUAGUAAUGGAAAUCACUUUCAGAACAAAA